GGGGCUGCCCGCGCCCCAGCGCCCUGUGUGCCGAGCCCGGCGAGCGGCGGAGCGCCGCGGCGCUGCCCGGCCGCCCCUCCGCGCAGGCGGCGGCGGCGGCGGCGGGAGGAGACUAGAGGCGACUCUCCGAGGAGCCCGGUGGCUUUCCCAGCCCGAGAGACCCAACUCCUGAGCGGGCUCUUCAGGAGGAAUUGACAACAUGGCUUCCCCACCGCACCAGCAGCUGCUGCAUCACCACAGCACCGAGGUGAGCUGCGACUCCAGCGGGGACAGCAACAGCGUGACGGUGAAAAUCAACCCCAAGCAGCACCAGGGCUGCUCCUCUUCCAAGCACUGCAAGUACAGCAUCUCCUCCAGCUGCAGCUCGGGGGAGUCGGGGGGCACCCGCCGAGCCGGCGGAGGUGGUGGCAGCGGCCCCGGCCUCCGCCGGCAGAAGAAGCUGCCGCAGCUCUUCGAGAGGGCCUCUUCCAAGUGGUGGAACCCCAAGUUUGACUCCAACAACCUGGAGGAGGCUUGCAUGGAGAGGUGCUUCCCGCAGACCCAGCGCAGGUUUCGCUAUGCCCUCUUCUACAUUGGCGUGGCCUGCCUUCUCUGGGGCAUCUACUUCGGCAUACACAUGAGAGAGAAACAGAUCGUUUUCAUGGUGCCGGCUCUGUGCUUCCUUUUGGUAUGUGUAGCGUUUUUUGCGUUCACUUUCACUAAGACUUAUGCCCGCCAUUACGUAUGGACUUCGCUGAUACUCACUCUCCUGGUUUUUGCUUUGACUCUCGCUCUGCAGUUCCAGGCUCUGAAACCUAGCUCAGGAAGUGGUGACAUGUCCAAUCGGACUCCCCCGGCAGAUCCCGCAGAGACUUGUCUUUCUCAAGUAGGCAGUUUUUCUAUGUGUAUUGAAGUGCUCUUGUUGCUUUACACGGUGAUGCACUUACCCUUGUAUUUAAGCUUGUUUCUGGGACUGUCAUACUCGGUCCUCUUCGAGACCUUUGGUUAUCACUUCCGCGAUGAGAACUGUUUUAUACCUCUCGGAGCCGGUGCAGUUUACUGGGAGGUGUUGAGUAAAGCCUUCCUGCACAUCUGCAUCCACGCCAUCGGUAUUCAUUUAUUUAUCAUGUCUGAAGUCAGGUCGAGAAGCACAUUCCUGAAAGUGGGGCAAUCCAUCAUGCAUGGAAAAGACUUGGAAGUGGAAAAAGCCCUGAAAGAGAGGAUGAUUCAUUCUGUUAUGCCAAGAAUAAUAGCUGAUGACUUAAUGAAGCAGGGGGAUGAUGAAAGUGAAAACUCUGUCAAACGUCAUUCCACCUCAAGCCCCAAAAACAGGAAGAAGAAGCCCUCCAUACAGAAAACCCCCAUAAUAUUCCGUCCUUUUAAAAUGCAGCAGAUAGAGCAAGUGAGCAUUUUGUUUGCAGAUAUUGUUGGCUUCACGAAAAUGAGUGCCAAUAAAUCUGCCCACGCUCUGGUGGGACUCCUGAAUGACCUCUUUGGACGUUUCGACCGUCUGUGCGAGGACACUAAAUGCGAGAAGAUAAGCACUUUGGGAGACUGUUAUUACUGUGUAGCUGGCUGCCCAGAACCCCGGGCAGACCAUGCUUACUGCUGCAUUGAGAUGGGCUUAGGUAUGAUUAAAGCCAUUGAGCAGUUUUGCCAAGAGAAAAAAGAAAUGGUGAACAUGAGAGUCGGUGUUCAUACCGGGACAGUCCUGUGUGGCAUUUUGGGAAUGAGGAGAUUCAAGUUCGAUGUGUGGUCCAAUGAUGUCAAUUUGGCCAAUCUGAUGGAGCAGCUCGGGGUGGCUGGAAAAGUCCAUAUUUCAGAAGCUACUGCGAAAUAUUUGGAUGACCGUUAUGAAAUGGAGGAUGGAAAGGUGAUUGAACGAGUUGGUCAGAGUGUGGUAGCUGACCAGUUAAAAGGUUUGAAGACCUAUCUGAUCUCUGGUCAGAAGGUGAAGGAGCCCCACUGUAGCUGUUCACAAGCAUUGCUUCCUGGCUUGGAGUCCGGAGAUGGAGCCAGGAUACAGGGAGCAUCGUCAGCUGAGAACGCCAGUGACUUGACAAAGACUCUCAAACAUGUGGAAAAACCUAAGCCUUGCCCUUCAUGUAGUACCACCCUUCCUCCCCACUGCGAUGUCAGCAUAGACGAAGGAGCUAUCCAAAAUGGUUGUCAGGAUGAGCAUAAAAACAGUACGAAGGCUCCAGGAGGACACAGUCCUAAGACUCAAAAUGGACUUUUGAGUCCUCCACAGGAAGAAAAGCUCAGCAAUAGUCAAACCUCGCUUUAUGAAAUGUUGCAAGAGAAAGGAAGAUGGGGUGGAGUGAGUCUGGAUCAAUCCGCUCUCCUUCCUUUGAGGUUCAAAAACAUCAGAGAAAAGACAGAUGCUCACUUUGUGGAUGUGAUUAAAGAAGACAGCCUCAUGAAAGACUACUUCUUUAAACCGCCUAUUAACAAGCUGAGCCUGAACUUCUUGGAUCAGGAUUUGGAGAUGGCCUACAGGACAAGCUAUCAGGAAGAGGUUAUAAGGAAUGCUCCAGUGAAGACAUUUGCCAGUGCUACCUUCAGCUCGCUCCUGGACGUGUUCCUCUCCACCACAGUCUUCCUCAUACUCUCUGUCACGUGUUUCCUGAAACAUGGGAUGGUUGCAUCCCCUCCACCACCUGCAGCAGUUGUGGUGUUCAUCAUCGCCAUCCUGCUAGAGGUGCUGUCCCUUGUCAUCUCAAUUAGAAUGGCGUUCUUUCUGGAGGAGGUGAUGACUUGCACCAAGCGUCUCCUGGAGGUGAUAUCUGGCUGGCUGCCUCGACAUUUUUUCGGUGCAAUUCUGGUUUCUCUUCCAGCUCUUGCAGUUUUUUCACACUUCACCUCUGAUUUUGAAACAAAUAUACAUUACACCAUGUUUAUGUGUUGUGCGAUUCUGAUCACCAUUGUGCAGUACUGUAACUUCUGCCAGCUUAGCUCCUGGAUGAGAUCUCUCUUGGCAACCGUAGUAGGAGCAGUGCUUCUCAUUCUGCUCUACAUCUCCUUGUGUCCAGACAGCUCGGUGGAAAAUUUUCAUCUAGAUUUGGCACAGAACUUUAGCUCCAGAAGGAGUCCGUGCAACAGUUCGGUGCCAAAUGACACGAAGAGGCCAGCAGACCUGAUUGGUCAGGAGGUGAUUUUGGUUUCCUUCCUUCUGCUCCUCCUGGUCUGGUUUCUGAAUCGAGAGUUUGAGGUCAGUUACCGUCUCCACUACCAUGGAGAUGUGGAGGCUGAUCUUCAUCGCACCAAAAUUCAGAGCAUGAGGGACCAAGCUGACUGGUUGCUGAGGAAUAUUAUUCCGUACCACGUGGCUGAGCAGUUGAAGGUUUCCCAGAGCUAUUCCAAAAACCACGACAGUGGUGGAGUAAUCUUUGCAAGUAUUGUGAACUUCAGCGAGUUCUAUGAAGAGAACUAUGAAGGAGGCAAAGAGUGCUACCGAGUCCUGAAUGAAUUAAUUGGGGAUUUUGAUGAGCUCCUGAGCAAACCACAUUACAGCAGCAUUGAGAAAAUCAAAACAAUUGGGGCAACGUAUAUGGCCGCUUCAGGACUGAACACCUCGCAGUGUCAGGACAACAACCAUCCCCAUGGACAUUUGCAGACCCUUUUUGAAUUUGCCAAAGAAAUGAUGCGAGUGGUGGAUGACUUCAACAACAACAUGCUGUGGUUUAAUUUUAAACUUAGGAUUGGCUUUAACCAUGGCCCCCUCACAGCUGGGGUCAUUGGCACCACCAAGUUGUUGUAUGACAUUUGGGGUGACACUGUGAACAUUGCUAGCAGAAUGGACACCACUGGCGUCGAGUGUCGUAUACAGGUGAGUGAGGAGAGCUACCGCAUCCUAAACAAGAUGGGGUAUGACUUUGACUAUAGGGGGACAGUCAAUGUGAAGGGGAAAGGUCAGAUGAAGACCUACCUUUACCCAAAAUGCAUGGACAAUGGGAUCGUGCCACAUCACCAGUUGUCUAUAUCUCCAGACAUUCGGGUUCAAGUGGAUGGCAGCAUUGGGCGAUCUCCGACAGAUGAGAUCGCCAACCUGGUGCCUUCUGUACAGAAUUCUGAUAAGAUAGCCCAUGGCACAGAUAACUCAGAAACCAAGGACAUCCCUCCUUCCGCCAAGAAGCUCCAGAAAGAUGCGGUGAAAGCAGAGGAGAGGUGCAGGUUUGGCAAAGCCGCAGAGAAGACUGACUGUGAGGAAGUGGGAGCUGAGGAGGUCAAUGAACUGACAAAGCUAAAUAUCUCUAAGAGUGUAUGAUGCAUUGUCAGAGUUGCAUGAAGUGCUCUGUCAAUAGAAACACAAAGACAUUUGCAAUUGGCAGUUUUCUUUUUCAAGAGAGACCUUCUCAACACCUGCGUUGUACGUUUGUUUUCAUUUCAGCACCUGGUGCUGUGUGGAUCACAGCUCUUCAGGGCUUGUUUUCAUCCAUCUCUCUCCUCCAUGCCCCAAAUCACAUCCCAAGCUCCCCAGCUCCCUGUGCAACCAUCUUACAGCUGAGUAGAGGAUAUUAAGUGCCUUCAGAUAUACUCCAUUGGACUCCCUGUCAAGGUACAGAGGCCCCAAGUGAAAUCAUAGCUUUGGGUAUUUGUCUAAUUUUAAAGAAAAGAAAAGCUGUGGUUAUAUCAUUUUUAUUGUUGUUUCUCACAAAACACUUUUUUUGGCUAAUGCAACUCCUUGGGUUUUUUAUAUCUCUCUGAACAAUAUUUUACUGUUAUCAGACCUUUUGUAUGUAAACACACAGACAAAUGUGCAUGUAUCUACCAUAUGAGACUGACAUAAAGUGCCAGUAACGUACCACAAAAGAAUGUCUUGGAGAGGGGGUGAUACAAUUUGACUUUGUGUUGGGCUGGAGGAGGAGUUCUGCAGUGGCUCAACAUUUAGUUAGAGUAGGCUGAACAACUGCUGUAGUUUUAUUCUCCUUUAACAAUGCUUUCUUCAACCUUAAUGUGCCAUUGCGCGCUUUGGAUACACUUCUUUUCCAUAUAGCCAAUGAGUUACUGAUAUGUGGGAAUGGAAUAAGGGUUCGGACAUCACCAGCUCUCAGGACAGGUUUCCAGAAGCAGACGAGUGACCACGAGAGUGUUACAAUUCAGGUCUUACAAGUCUAAAGCAGUUUCACGUUACUCCGUACGCUAGCUGAAUUUGCGACGGUAGGUGAAGUUGGUAUCUCUAAGCUAGUCUGACUUGAGGGAGAGAGAAAAGCAAAAUAAAUGUUUGGGGAAUGCCUUUAUUUAUUUAUUUAUUUUAUUCCUGGUUUUGUUUUGUUUGGGGGGUUUUGUUUGUGUGUGCGGAAGGGAUUAGGAGAGAUGAAUUGUCAAUUGGUUUAAUAAGAGUAAUAAGAUGGUGUUUCAGCCUCUUUGAACUACCAACCACUGUGAGGAUGUUACCUAGGCAAUAUUUGUUUCAAAGCUGGUGAAACUUCCGAAGCCACCAAACACAAUUGAGUAUCCCAGCUUCCCUCUGUACUGAAUCAAUGGUGCUGCACAAUAUAUUUCAGGAUUUCCCCCCCCCCUACACUGUGCUUUUGCAGCAGGGAAUAGAACAGCAUGCUCCCUGCGUGCCACUGAAAGCAGGAAUAGGGAAAAGAGUCCUUUCUGGUGAGCUGAGAAGCACAAUAAUUUCCCAGUCCUGCAGAUGACUCUGUGCAGGUCCCUGGGACCAGAGACCUGCGGGAGCACAGAGGGAACUGCAGGAUGGGAGCCUUAGACUAUACCAGUUUGCCCUCUGCAUGCUUCCAUCACCUUCUUCACUUACAUUUGCUGCCCCGCUUUGGAUAAUAUUAAUUAUUCAACUAUUCCAGUUCAACUAACUCUUUGUGACACCAAAUAAAAUGAAAGAAUUUUUGUGCCCAAAAUAAGUUCAUUAGCCAGGGAAGAGCUGGUGAAAUGCAAUUCUGUGCUGUCUGCAUGUUGGUGUGAUUUUUAAUUCUUUUUUUCCAUCUGAACUAAAGUCAGAGUAUAUUGAUACUUCUUCUUAUUCCCUAUGUGAUUUUUGGAGUUUCAGUAAUAAAUAUAUACGUUGUGAAGCUCCUGUUCAGCUAUUUGAGAUCCAUCUACACUCCACAGUCAGCAUGGAGCCCUUGAAGCCUUUGUCAAAUGUAAAUCUGUGAGAUUUCUGGAUCUCGGUUAGUUAAACAAGACUCUGGGCACCGUUCUCACAAAAGCUGCUGUUUAUAUACAUCUAAAUUGCGUUUGAUAGGAAAGCUAUUUAAAAUUAAUCUUACUUGCUCAAACUGCCAGCAUACAAAAAACCCAGGGGAUACUCAUCUCCAUACCCUUCUGCCACAGAUGCUGUAGCCUGUUUGGGGGCUAUUCCUGAUGAGCAACAAUAGAAGGUUUUUAUCAGUGCACAGUUUUACAGCAGCCUUCCUUCUCCAUAGAUUAAAACUAGCCCCCUUCUGCCCCACCCCCAGUGGGUUGCACUUCCAACUUUCAGGUAGUAUAAUUCCUCAAAUACCUCUUGCAUCUGAAGAAUGUAUUCUUGAAACCAUUUUUAGAGUUCUUGUUUCAGUUAAGUGUGUGUCAGUAUUCCUUUUCUUACAGUAGAGAAGUUAAUGUGGUCCAGAAUUGUUUACAUGCCUUCUAGUGUUAUAUUAGUGUCUCAAAAUCAUUCAAACUUUUCUCCCUUUCACUUCUUUCUCCCAAUUUUAUAGACAACUCUGCCCAGCAUUUUUCUCUCAUUGAUCAGCUGUUUGCAAUGGCAGAGUUCAGUUAAGAUACACCGGCUUCUCUCUCUCAUGAGACACUGCACAAUAACUAAACCUCCACCAGCAACAGCCCUGCAUCCAGUGAGAGGUUUGCACCCUGUGAUUAAACCUGAAAGGAGAAGGUGCUGGAGUAGGGCCCCGGACCCAGAGCGCCUUCCUUCUCGUUAUUCAAGCAAUGCACUGCAGAAUACAAAAGCCUCAUCCUCCAGCCUAUAAAGUAAAUAACACUCCCAUGCUGUCGUGGUAUGGUGCUGUGGAAGUAUUGUUGGUUUUCUGGUAACAUUAGAAUACAAAAAAAAAUACCAGGGCCUCUUUUUUGUUAGUACUAAGCAAAUAAAAUGACUGAGGACAGAAGCAUUAGUGGACUCUGAAAUCAAGGGCUGUUGUCUGCUCUGGGAACUGCUGGCGACAUUACUCUGCCUUAACUCUGAAGCUGGGAAAAGAGUCAAAAAGUUGAGUAAGUAGUAGUUACCCUUGUUUGCUUAUUGCCACCAGGACAGCAGCAAGCAUUCAACAGCUGAGACUGCAGGUCUUCUUUCGGAGGUUUUAAAUCUUCUCUUUUAGUGCAGUGUAGUAACAAAAUCAAGACACUAAGCUCUCAUCGUACAGUUUGGGUAGCGAGAUUUUCCCAGGCACAAGGAGCAGGGAGAUACCUAUUUUCUAGUGUAAAACAGUGGGAGCUGAACCUUUACACCUUCCCUUUAUGCCUUUGAAAAGAUGUCCGAAUACUGGCAAAAAUUACUCUGGAGGCAUUUUUAAUGGCAUUGUGCGGUUCUGCAUUCCUCUCUGCAGCCGUGACACAUGUGUGCUUGUGGGAGGCCAUGAUCAAAGUUCAUUUCAUUAAAAUAUCUUUUGCGCUUGUUCUGUUAGUGCCAGCACAAUUCGAACAUGGUAUAAAAGUUGAGGAGUUGGCCAGGUACCUGGAAGUAUAUUCUGCAAGAAUACUCAGUGCAUUGCUGCGCUUCCUAGUUUUAGGGUGUUUUAAUGGUGAUAAUUUAAAAAUUAUCCCGGGGAGGGGGGAAGAUUGCUGAAUAUUUGCUAGGCCUGUAUUGCCUUCUGCCACAGUUCACUUGGAGGAGCCGCUCUAGAGCGUAGACUAAUGACGAAUAUGCUGAACGUUUUCUGCAGUGUCGUCUUAAUCUGCUGCUAACACACAAAACCACUUCUUUUUCUCCCAGCUACUUCUGUGAGACAGAUUUCUCAUUUAAAAACAAGUAAAUGGCAUUUCCAUUGAUUUAAUUCUGGCAUUUAUGAUUUUGAGAAGAACAGAUUUGCCUGUUAUUUCCCAGGAUUUGGGGCCGUUCCCCUUUGCUGGAGGUAACGCAAGUGCUGCGAGCAAGGCAGGAUGGUGCCGCUGCCUGACUGUGGCUCCUGCUGUGUCCUAACACAAAGCACAGGAGGAUUUAGAUGUGACAAAAUGGGGGGGGGAGGAGAGGAUGGACUUCCCCAAGGGCUUUACAAAAAAAUAAGUAUUUGGAUACUCUUACUUCAGAGCUAAAACACAGAAAGGAGGCACCCGGAGCAAAAAUGAAAGGAGCUAUAAACCAAACACUGUGUACCCAUGCCAACUUCUAGCUCAAGAAGUGCUUAUUCUUGAUUAAAGAGCCAAGAUUUUGGAGUAUCUAGCAUUUUAAAAUUGCUAACUCUAACCUGUUUCUAAAACUUUAAUUCUGAAUACAACAACAAAAAAAUAUUGCAAGGGAGCAGUUAUUAAUUUCAUGUCUUUAUUAUGCAACAUUACAAGAGACUGAGAGCGCCUGAGGUUGGAUAUAAUGUGAUCAGCUAUUUAACUGUGCAACUUGGGUUGAGGGUUGUUUUUUUGCCAAAUUUAAAGACUCUGUCUGUUUUCUCCCUUAUUCCCUGCUGUGGUCUUGUUUGCUCAGUCUGGAUGGGACGUGUGAGUGGUUCUUGCCUCCCUGCUCCUCGCCUUUGCUAAACUGCAUCUUCCACACUGCACAGCAGUGUUUGAACUCUGCUACUGCCAGGUCAUGGCUUCAGAUGCUGCUUUCACUGCUGUUUGCCUCUGAUUUCCUAAUAUAAAGGGGAAAAGUACAUUUGCUUUGAUAUCUUGGUCCAUUUAUCUGGUCACAGCUGCAGCUUUCUCCUUGUGUUGUUAAGCUCCUUGAUAGAAGAUAGGGAGGAGCAGCAGGCACAUCCCAGUAGUUAAGUCUAAGAAUUCUGUGAAAAAAUACAUUUUUCGUCACACCGGAAGUGGAAAAAAAAGUUUUAUUUCCCUAAGUUUUAGCAAACGUGCCAAAGCAGAAGAGGGUAAGAAAUAAAUUCCAGUGUUUGCUGUCAGCUUUGGGAUUUGGUGAAGCAGUGUUCCUUUAAGUCCUGUUUUAGUUAAAUAUUACAAAACUGCUAAAAAUGCAGUAAUUAUUUAUUGAUGUGACUUUCCCAGUUGCUGAAAAUGUCGCAGGGGUGGUUUGACUGUAAAUACAGAAUGAUUUUCAUGUGGAAAGAGAAACAGUUGAGGCAGAGGUGCAGGGAUCCCCCAGUGCCACGGUGCUUCCAUCUUGAUGCCCAGGCAGCUGCGAAAACCCAGUUGGGGUCUUGGAGUAAUCCUGAGACUUGGCUAGCUGUAUGCAGAACAUCAAUUUGGGCAGGAAAGUCAUUUAUUCCAGUAGUUUUUUUUCCUUUUGAGUUCUCUAUACAGGCUGUAGCAGCCCUUGUUUUGAUUUCUAGGGGAAGAACCUGAACUACUCUUUGUUGUUGCUGAGAAUAUCCUCCGCUGCCGGUAGUGGUAGGAUUCUACAAAGUCCUGUAAAAAAGUUAGAAAUUACAACAAUUACACGCUAAUUCUGGCAGAUGCUGUAGUUGUCCAGGUUUUAGUUUGAGUGCUCUGAUGGCUUGAAGAUUUUUUAGUCAAGAGCUGUGAAAUCGUGGACCACUUUCUGCUAAAAUAUACCGAAAAUGUAAAGGAAACUGGAGAGGUGGAAGACCAUGGUCUGCAGAAAUGCAGCAUAAGCAGUGUAGGAUACAGCGUGAUGAUGGGGGUUUGGCUUGCCGCACAAACAUACACGGCGCAGGAGAUGCUCUGUGCGUAACAUGUGCUUCCAGGUUUGAAAUCAGUGGGAAAAGGAGAAGGUGAAUGUGAAACGAGGUGUCAGGUUGUUUUAAAGGCUGAUCUUUAAUUUCCGGGUGGGAUGUCUUUGCUGGCUGCUGUAGGCGAAGGUUUCUCCGGUGUGAAGCAGAGCCCUGGCUUCCCAGAAGCAUGUUUUCUUAUUUUUUUUAAAUCUGCUUUAAUGCCACCCUCUGAACUCUGUCCAGAGUGAUGGGAAGGAGUUUUGUCAGUGAAAAUCGGACAUGAGGAGCUUAUUGUCUUUGUCUUAUUAGAGUUCAAUUAAAAUGAACAUCAGGCUCUAAAGAGCUUCAAGUAGAGAAUAAAAUAGGGGUGAAAUAUAUUUUGUCUUAACAGCAUCUCGGUUCAAGUGGUGCCAUGGGGAAUAGUUUUGAGGUGCUUUAUAGACGCUCCAUAAAGCUCUGGUAGAAAAAAAAAAAAUGCAGCUUUUCUGUCUAAAACUUUUUUCAAGUCUUUAUCAGGCAAGCUAAACUUCUGUCUUCAGCCCAAGUGGCUGGGCUGUACAACGUGUAUAGAAGUGCUUGCUACUUACCUUUGAGAGUCAACAUUAGUUUUUGAGAAAGAAGAUUAUUUUGGAAAAAACAGGUCAGUAGAAGACACUUAAAGCUUUUUUCCCCUGGUACUUUAUUGUAGCUGGCAAACAUUUGCUCGCCUAACCAAGCUGCCCAGCCCAAGGCUAGCGAGGAGCAGGAUGCAGGCGCCCAGUGUUUUCACGCACGCCGCUCCAGAUGCAAUACGUUUAACAUCCUUUUUAGCAGCUGUUUCACAUGCGUGUCUCCAAGUCAGGAAUUGGUGUCGAGGAAGUAGUCAUUCGUGUUUUACACUUCUGGAAAGGCCCCGAGGCUGCUGUCAGCUUCUCACGUCGUAGCCUUUACGUGGUUUGUUCUGUUCUCUCCUUGUUUUCUGGCUCACUGCAACAACACGUAUUUUAAUCUCCAGAAGUUGCAGCGUUCGCUGAAUCUGAAAAACUGCAGAAAGUUAUGGCUGGGAACACUUACUAAAAUUUUAAGUUUUGGCUCUAACCAGUGCUGCUUUAACCAAUUUGUCAUCUGGUGAUAAGUGGCGACACGCAGUGAUGUCAUAUCCAAGCAUCCCAGCGGGUGACCGCUGCCAGCGCUGCCACUCACACAUCCCCAAUUUGAGUGUCGAUGCUCAAAUCUUCCUUUGGAUGAGUCAAAACAAAGUGACUUUCCUGAGUUUUUCCUUCUUUUCUCCCUUAGUCACUCAUGUCUUCGCUUGUUUCUAACUUAAUGCAUUGGUUAAAUACUAGUUUGCAAUUGAAAGAUGGUUUGUAUCGAUUCGUUGUUGAAAGAUUUAAGCUCAGGGCAGGGAAAAAUGCAGCACGUGGUACGUCUGCGGGUAUGCCCAGAGGGAAAAUGCCUCUUUAGCAUCUUUGAAACUUUGCCUUUAUUCAAAUGAGACCAGAGCUUCAUUUGUGAUUUAUUUCUAAUAUUAGCUGUUGCCCCUAGAAAUUGUCCAAAGAGAGGGGGUUUGCAGUAUUGCAGUGGUCUGCCCUACAUCACUGCCUGAACCAGGAUUUGGCCACUGUGCUGGUACCAGCAUGGUCCCACCGGCACCAUCAGACAUUUCUCCUCAUGUAGUUCAGGAAUCCGCAGUUGCCAGAGUAACCCUCUCCGCAGUUUAAUUUCUUCUAGUUUUCAGAGACCGUGUUGAGAGAGAGAGAGAGAUGCGCGCUGAGACAGAGACUUGUUAUACCCUACUGCGAGUACAGCUUUAAACUUCCAAAGUAAUAAACUCUUCAAAGCCAAGAGCCUUAAGAAUUCCAAACAUCUGCUGAGAGACAAAAUACAGUUUCAAGUUUGUGCUGAAUAUCGGGAAUUUUUUCUGCUCAAUGGUGGGUGUCUCCUAUUUGCGAGGAGGAGGCAGCAGUAUCCAAAGAUGAUAAGGACCUUGGCCACCCUCACCGAAUUACCCAGGAACAGUAGACAGGCUCCCCACUUGUGCUCUCAGGAAAGUUACCUCGCUCCCCCGGGGCUAGUGUGAUGGCUUUAUAUAUUGCAUUGCUCAGAAAAGCUCCUUCUUUCCAUGAAACAGAGUUUUUAAUUUAGCAUAAAACAUGGUAUUUGCUGGCAGAGGGGCUGGAUUCUUCCUUUCCCACCCCCAGGCUCUUACAGUCCUGCGGCAUUGAGAUGGAGAAGGCAGGGAUGUAGAUGAUGGGAAAGCCAGGCGAGUCGGGAAGAAGCUGGACGUGCCUCUGGAGCUGAGCCUGGCAGAGUGCCGGAGCUGAGGAGCUGCCGCACCGGUCCCACAGCAGUGCCCAGGCAGCAGCGAGCUUCGGCAGCCAUGGGCUGGCGAGGUGGCGGAGGUUUGGGGAGGUUUGCUCUGGGGGCAGCGUCCCGCUGCCCUCCUCAGUUGAGCCCGGUCCAUGGUCAGCCUGACAGCUGUCGGAUGCCUUUGUAAAUACACCUUCCCUCCUGGCCUGUUGGUUUCAUUUCAUGUUUUCAUGUGAGCAAAUUUCAGCUGGUUACUAAAAACAUGCACUAGAAAUGGAGGCACUGCUGUCCGAGCAUAGCCGGGCUGCGCAGUGGAUUGGGGUUGUGCCUGUCCGACCUCAGUUUAUACAGUAUUACACCUACAGAUGACCCUAUAUAAGCAAUCAUUGUGCAUCAAGAGCUGCAAUACCCGAUUAUAAACAGCCUGUGAGAAAUGAUUUACAAAGUGAGGGACUCAAAUCAGGGUUGGCUUUGGUUUUACCAGUAGGUGUCAGCUGGGCAGCGGUGCGGGCCCGGGGGCCGGUGCGGACUCCCGACCAUCCCCUGCUUGCUUUAAAAGCUGCCUCAACAGUAUUACCCGAGACUUCAGCACUGCCUGUCCUUGCAUAAGCACACGUGGAGAUGGUAUAGAAAGCGUUAACUGAGAACAUGAUUGAAACGUUAUUGAAUUAUGAAUUGAAACAUUGAGAAGAGUUUCCAGUUAACAAGAAAGAGAGGCAAAAAAGGCAAAUUAAAACAUUUUAAGGUCUCUAGGUUAGCUGGAAAUUGUUUCUUCAUGAUGUCUCUGUUUUCUUUCUCUCCCCACCCCAGCAAAGCCCGUGUUCCCGUGACCUUCUCCCCUCCCUUCUUGCAAAAAGAGAGAGAACCGGUCUGUUUACACACACCGCUGGGGGAAGCUGGCAGCUUCUGCUGGGGGCUUUGCUGGGGAUGGGGCUUCCUCACAGCGGCUUCACUGUAAAUAUUCUGCCUAUGCUUCAUUGACAAAACCGAAAUGGAAAAAAAUUGUAUCUGUGAAAUAUUAAGCUAUAUAUGUAUAUAGAUAAAAUGCGUAUUAUCUCUGACUCGUUACUACGGCUCUGUAAUCAAUUGUAUAUUAAACUGUUUUACUGUAUGGCAGAUCAUUUCACGCUAUCUUAGAUGUAGAAAAGCUGAGAAAGUAAUUCACAAUACACUAUGUCAACUUAAAAUUGGUUUGCUUUUUUAUUUUUGCUCCAGCACGACUUCAAACGCAACCCUGUGCCGUUUGCACAUUGUUUCGAAGAAUAAUAGUUGGAAACAGAAGCUUUUUCAGCCCUUUGUUUUGGAUCUGGCUUUUUACAAUGUUUCUUUGAUAAAUCACGAAACCACCGAGUUAAUUUUUGAUUAGGUGCAUAUUUAGAAGGCAUUUUAAAUGCGAAAGGGAUUUGUCACAGACCCACUGCACUUUGAUGUGUUGGCUGGCAGUAAAUGACCUUCAUGUUCCCAAUGCCAGCUGAGAAGACUACCCCUUCCUAAUUUUUCCUCAUUUUAAUCCUGCUCUAAAGUGUUGGGAAGGGGCUGCGUGGCAGCCUGGCCGGCAGCACCUCUGCAGCCCAUGGUAUUGUCACUGCUGGCUGUGGCGGCAGGUCUUGGCAGAGAGCUUUUCCACAUGGGGAGCUUGCUUUGGCUGAAAUAGGGGAUGAAUUUUGAAUAGGUUUUUUUUGGUUGUUUAGCAGAGAGCAUUGAUGGUUUAUUCUGGAAUACCAGUGCCUUAUUCAGAUUCUCUUAAUCCACUUGGAAAGUGGAGUGAGGCAUUGUUAUUCUGGAGUAAGCAUCCACAGAAAAAGAAAUGGCUGACCAGGAGUGGCUGUCCGAGAAGAGGAGCUGUAAUGCUUUCAUAAACCUGAACCUGUCCAGCCAAAAGAGCUGAAGGUGGUGGACUGCUGCAGGCGGCUCAGCAGCAAAACCCAUGUCUGUCUGUCUGUCUCUCACACAGACCCUGCUUCCCCCAGGGUCUCUUUUAAGCAUCCCACUGUAUGUUCAUUGGGUUUCACUGGGAGGGAGAAAAACCCUAAUGAAGCCCUGAGCCCUUGCGAAGUAAGGUUUUGACCUGGAAGAUUUGGAGGUUUCCUCUGGAUCCGUGCCCAGGCGCUCUGCUCCUCCCUCCUGCCCACUGAUGACCAGAGACCCACCGCCAUCGUGUCCCGCAGCACCAAACCUUUCUUCUCUUCGCAUGUGCUGAUGACGGAGCCAUGCAGCCGUAAGCUUUUGGACGGGUCCAGCCAGAGACCUGAGUCCAGGCAACUCCCGUUUCCCUUUUCCCCACUCCCUGCAGGUCGCAGCAGAGCAAGAGCUUUGUCCUCCUGGAAUCACAGAGAGGUGGAGUCCAGUUCCUCUGAGGGUGCUUAUUUAUUGUUUUCCCUCAUACUUAAAUAGAGGUUGGUUUUUUUUUCCAAAGACAAGGUAAGUAUCAGAGCGCGUUUAAUACACGUGUGGCGCGAUUGGCUCUGCAGCCAGUGCUUGCACCAUGUUCUUGAGGCUGUCCCAGGGUUUUUAAUGUCAGUAGGUGUGUGUAAGCCAUGCUCGAGUGUUCCUGGGUGUUCGCCUUCUGUUGUAGGUGAAAACUGUUCCAAUGUUACCCAGUCGGGUUCCUAUUGUAGAUCAUGGUGAUUGUCAACUGCCAAGAGAUAUUUUUUAAUAAAUCUUAUCCAGGCAUUUCAAAUAAA